AUGAACGCUCUUCAUGUUUCCGCACUCGCCUUUGCUCUUCUCGCUGCAGUUUCAGCAAAAUCCAUCGUGGCACGUUCAGCUGGGAGCAACGCAUAUGGGGACGAACCGGCUGUUGUCACGCCACCUCCCUCAUACGAGGGCGAAGUCCCUGAGGAAACUACCAUAAUACCCACAGAAGAGGAGCCACAGGCAGUUGAGAACGAAAAUCCUGCCCCGGAGGCUGCAGUUGUCGAAUCUGGAUACCGCUCAAAAAGACAGGCAGGCGACAAUUCCUACGGUGACGAGCCUGUCCCAGUUACUCCAGCAGCCUACGAAGCUGCCGAAGUGACCACCCUCGAACCUGCUCCUGAGGAAGAACCCGCUUCAGUGCCCGUUGAGCCAGUCGCUUCUGAGCCUAUUGUGGAAGAGUCAGGAUACCGAGCCUAA